AUGAAGCUGCGUGAGGUGUAUGCAGCAACAGCAGCAGCAGCAGCAGCAGGGAAGCCAGAUACUCUUUCUGCUGCAGCAGCAGCAGCAGGACUCCCCCUAAAAGGCAGCAGCAGCUAUCAACUGCGGCAUGAAAGAAAUCUAUGGAUCGAGUUGUUUUGUCUCGUUCUAUGGUUGUUUGUGUGGAGAGCAGCAAAGCUUAUGGGCCGCCACUGGCAGCGCAUAGAGGCGCUGAAGGCGGAGGUGGCGCUGCUGCAGCACGAGAGACAAGUCAGAGGCACUGCAGCAGCAGCAGCAGCAGCAGCAGCAGAUAGUGAUGAUAAGAACAAGAAAAACAACAAACACGGAGACAGUAAAAGCCCCUCGCGAGAGGAAAAGGAAGACACAAACAGGUACACACAGCAGCUGCAGCAGCAGCAGCAGCAGCAGCAGCAGUAG